UGUUGCGCGUCGACCUUAGGACGACGAUGUGAGGGUGAUGAUAGACCAGCCCGAAGCUGAGUCGGGUGGCAACGCGGUCGGCUUCGUCGAAGGGAGGAUGAAUUGCGCCACCGCGGUAGCUGUCAUGGACAUGGAGGUGUCGGAGGUGCGGGUCGUGCACAAGGGUAGCGGGUACGCGAGCACUCUUCCGGCCAAGGUUACCAUAGACCCGCCGCCGCCGAGGGUAGAAUACGCUGUCCCCGGAGCUACCGCGGAGGCCCAAGCCGUGCUCUCGCCACCUCCGGAGAAGGAAGUCUUGAGGUCGUGGCUGCCCCCGCAGCAGCUGCGGAGAGAGGUGACCGAGCUGCUCCCGGACAACCUCGUGCCCAUGCUGGACCCCUGCCUGGCCAAGUUCUACCUCUCCCCCAUCGACGUGGCGGACCCCAACUACUGCGUUUACUUCGACAAUUCCGAGUUUCAGGUUUACCCCAGUCAAAAGCUGGCUAGGUAUUUCUCCUUCCUCGAUGGGCCCCGUACAAGAUACCCGGUGGAGAAGGAACGCCCGCUGGACGCCUCGGUGUUCCUUCGCUUCGCCGCGUGUGGGGCCGCCUGCGGGUCUACCGCGCACGCCUUCCUGAUCCCGAUCGACGUGGUGAAGACUAGGAUGCAGUCGGAGCCCAAGAGGUACCCGGACACGAUGUCCACGUUCAGGACGCUCCUGAAGGAGGAGGGCGUCGAGGCUUUCUUGCUCGGGACAGGGGCGACGAUCGUAGGGUACGUAUUUUACGGGGGCUUUUCUUUCGGGCUCACGGAGUUCCUCAAGCGGCGCUUCGUUGAGCUGGCGGGCCCAGACUUGGCGGCGCUGUACCCCAUUCCAAUUCUACUGGGCGCAAGCGCCAUAUCGGCCUGCUUCGCGGCCACGGCCGUCACCCCGUUCGAGACCCUCCGCAUCAAGACCGUCACAGUUCCCAACUUCCCCAAGACCCUGGCGGGUGCGAUGUCGGAGAUGGUGUCCACGGGCCGCGCUGGAGACCUCGUUGCAGGUGUCCCGGUCUUGCUGCUGGCCGAGAUCCCCUUCAUGAUGGCCAAGUUCGCCGUGUUCGACGCCUUCUCCAAGCUGGCCUACAACGUCUUCCCGCAGGCGAACGAGUCCGUGGCGGCGUCUCUGGCGAUCUCCCUCAUCAGCGGCAUGGUCGCUGGAGUGGCGGCGUCGUUCGUCUCCCAGCCGUCGGACACCGUCUUCGUCGAAGUUAGCGACAAGGAGGGAGGCAGCGUCGGCAUAAUCGAAACGGUCAAACAGGUUUACAAGGAGGGCGGGGCGGCGGCGUUCUACAAGGGGGCUCUCCCGCGGGCGGCCAAGUCGGCCCUAAACAUCGCGCUGCAGUUCUUCCUGUACGACUCCCUCAAGCGACUCGCCAACGUCGCCCCGGACGACUUGAAGGUUUUCUUCGACGUCAUGUCCGGCUUGGAAAUGGGGGCCAAGAGCGCGGCCGACAUUGCUCCGACCAUCGAUAGCGGCAGAUAGCCCCCGGAUUGUUCAAGUAAUAUUCGUUCGGAUGACUCGUCAGGAGCGCGUGGUGAUACUGGGUCGUCUCUUGUCUCUCUGGUCCUCCCGCCUGCCAAUUGGUGGAAGAGCACCACUUAAUGAUCCCGGCAUACCGUGGACACAAGCAUGGAUUUCUCUACGAUCUCCGCUAGAACAAGAACACCGAAUUAGAUGGGUGGUGGUUCUUCAUUGUUUAUGAGUCUUUCUUUUCCUCCAAUCUCUUCUCCUUGCGUCAAAGACGGCAGAAAGCGUUUCAUAGGCCAUUGCUUUAGACGGGUGCAUGUUGGUGUGAAUUGUUUGAAAACACUAGUCGCUUCUCGGUUUUCCCUGUUCGUAGUUAGGCACGCCGUGUUGGAAGGGUUGCGCCACACCAAACGUCGAUGGGACACACGAGUUCCGCCGCGCAUGAGCAAAGAACUGCGCACAUAGUAGAUAGAAGUGACAAUGAACGCGCGGUGUGGACUUGCGUUUGCUUCACCCCCGAGGUAGUUUUUGGAGCUACGGUCACAUCGUCAAUCUGAUCGUGUUGACUGGCGCAGCAAGUGAUUGGUGGAGUGCCCUUUCGAGGAACAAUCAUGGCCGUUCGAUGGCCGACGCUUCCAAAGUAGAAAAGUUGUGCUGCGUUCGCGGCCGAAGACUGCGGGGUGUUGCUUUCAAGAUGCCCUUAUCUCGGAAUUGGGUCGCUGUUCUCCGGAACAAGAGCGAUUGCGUUGUGUGUGUACGGUGCGGUUUUGUGCGGAAAGUGGCUGGUUGGGUGUGGAUGGCCACCGUGUGUCUCGCUUGUCGGCGUGACGGGAGUGUGUUUGUGUGUUUUGAGUGCGACCUCGCAUCUAGGGUUAGCUUGUGCCGAUGCCUUGGGAAAGUUGCCUGGAACUGUGUCUGCGGCGUACGGAAAUUGUCGGGGGCAGUCGACAAGUGUUCGCUGCGGGACUGCGGGAUAACGAAAUAGACCUGGACCGAGGGUGUGCAUGUGAAGAUUUUCCGAUUGUUUCCCUUCUGGGUGGAAACCGACAUUGCCUACACGUCCAGUGUCAUAAUCGGAAUGUGGUGGAUAGAUGAUACGGUGGAGGGUGGAGAGGACACACAUUAAGGCAACAUAAUGCUCUCUCCUCACAUUUAGUGGUCGUCUUGUAAGACAUUGUGUUUCUUUCUGUCCUCCAUGCCCUCCUUGGUCUUGCACAGCGAAACGACUAGCCUUUGGGGUGGUGGCAGCAGACAGUUUUGUCAGCGGAGUGCGAACCAAGGGGUACAAAGCUACUUGCUGGCGGCAUGACUGAAUAGCCGCUCGACAGGGCGGAGUUCCCGCACAGGUUGCGAUUUAAUGCCGGACUUUUUCCUCUCCCUCUGUUUUUGUUGCUACGCGGAAGAGUGAGAGAGAAUGUAUUUACCGAUAUAUGUAGCGAAGACCUUCGUAGAGAGCGAGGAGACAAGUAUAGGCAACACCUAUAAGAAGAGAGUAGGCACUGCGUCAAGAAAAAGGAUGGACAGCGAGGGGGGGGGCAGGAAGAACGGAGGCUCCAUGAACUCCGCGCACGUGUUUUGCGUCGCUAUGUCGUGCUUCCCGUGAAAGAGGUGAUUUUGUGUCCAUGUGUUUUAAAUAAGUGCGAAAAAGUUAUUCAGGGGGUGCGCAGGGCUAGGGCGGUGAUCUUGUGC